AUGACUUCCAAGUCCUUUGACCUAGGCCGUGGCGAUGGCUACCACUUCUUUCGCUCUCAGCUAUCCAGGCCAAUUCUUCCACCUCAUGGGAUAUCCAUUUCGGGACAGACAGCUAUCCUUACAGGCUCAAACACUGGGCUUGGAUUUGCUUGCGCAAAAUGGCUUUUGGAACUGAAUGUUGGUCGCGAAGCGGCCGCGGCGGAGCUGCGCAAAAGACACAAAGGCGCCCAAAUUGAUGUCUGGCAACUUGAUAUGCUGUCAUAUAAGAGUGUGCAAGAUUUUGCUGCCAAAUGUCGGACAUUAGAUAGGCUCGACAUCGCCAUUCUGAACGCCGGAGUGAUUGAACAGUCCUUCCAGCUGGGCCCACAAGGUCACGAGAAGAUGUUCCAAGUCAACUAUCUAUCUACUGUUUUGUUAGCUUUUCUUCUCCUCCCAACUCUCAAAGAAAAGUCGCCACGAGGUCAUCCUGGUCGCCUCACCAUUGUUGGCUCAUGCACAGCAUAUUUUACCAAACUACCCUACCGAGGCUCUAAUCCGUUCUUGUCAACUUUUGAUGAUCAAUCUAAAUUCAACACAUCGGAGCAAUAUCCUGCAAGUAAAAUACUUGCUCACUUCUGGAUAUUGAAACUUGCUGAAAGAGUCAAGAAGGAAUAUGUGAUUGUCAAUUUGGUGGAUCCUGGACUGGUGAGAGGCACCGAAAUUAACAGAGGAGUCAACCCUAUCAUCAAAAUGAUUUUCGAUACUGUUAUGUGGGGUUUCGGUCGAACCAUGCGGAACGGAUCCAGCACCUACAUUGAUGCAGCGAUAUUGAGGGGUGAUGAAACGCAUGGCAGCUACUUGAUGGAUUGGAAGAUACAGCCGUAA